UCCAAAAACGGGAAAAGAAAAAUAUAUUUUGUUUUUCUUUUAUCCUUUUUUUUCCUACCCAAAUCCUGGGUGCGGUGUUGUUAGUGAAAAAAAAAAAUAAGAGAAAAAUAUUGGGGAAAAAAUAUCCCCCCUGGUUUUGAUGAAAUAAAAAUUAAAAAAGGGAAAAAAAUAAAUUUUCAUCCUUUUUUUCGCUGUGAAUUUCUGAAUAUUUAUGUAUCGUUGUCCUGGCUGCUCCUGCCACUGCUUUUGCUGCCGCUGCUGCUGCACUUGAAACUUUGACGGGAAACUCUGUAUAAAUAGCCCCAAGCAGGGCGCACAACGAGAGCAACAAAGACACAAAAACUCUUUUGGGGGUCAGUUGUGCCAUCAAACAGAACGACAGAGAGGAACAGCACACUUCAAGGACUAAAAAAAACUGAAUUUCAAGUCUGGAGGGCACACAUGUUUAUACUUUCAUUUUACUAUAGAGUAAAAUUUUAAUUAUAGAUAAAAAGGAAUUUUAAAAAAAAUAAGCAAAAUUCGGUUUGAAACUGGAAAUAUGAAGAUCAAUGCAAAAAUGGCGACUCCGAUUGAGGAAAAAGUGGAUCAGAAUCUAAAGAUUCGAACUGGGAUGGUGACAGUCAGCGAUGGCAAAAGCAAACCCGAACCACUGAGACUGAAUUUGACGAUGGAACUAUUGACGUUGCAAAAAUUGGAAAUUGUCACGCCCACGAAUCCAAUGUUUAAUGGGCCGCCCACAGAAUCUAAGGAACGAAUGGUUCAAAUAACUCGACAAAAAAUGGGCGGACUUGGUUUGAGUAUAAAAGGUGGCGCCGAACAUAAACUACCAAUACUGAUAUCCCGCAUUUAUAAGGAUCAAGCGGCCGACAUAACUGGACAAUUGUUCGUUGGCGAUGCAAUUAUCAAGGUAAAUGGUGAAUAUAUAACAGCGUGCCCGCAUGAUGAUGCCGUUAACAUUCUACGAAAUGCCGGCGAUAUUGUCGUUCUAACUGUCAAACACUAUCGAGCUGCAACACCGUUCCUCCAAAAGCAACUUACUAAGGACACCCCCGACUCAGACAACGAUGCAACAUGUGCGGAACUGAAGGCUGACGAAGGAUUCAAAUCCUCGGUGAAUAAUGGCACAAUAAGUAGGAGCUGUAGUCGACCUAUGUCAAUUUGUUCGGAGCCGGAGAAAAAGUGGGUCGAUGUUGUUUCAGUUCCCUUGAUGAUGGCCUACGUGACUCGAUACAUCUACGGCACAGACAAGCUGCGACCUAAUGCCUUUGAAGUACGUGGCCUCAAUGGAGUUUCAACGGGAAUCAUUCACUGUGAUGAUCUGGCGAUUCUCAGUCAAUGGCUCAAACUAAUAACAGACAAUGUAGUUGGAUUAACACAUUUACAGAUGAAGCUAUACAAUCGGAAUUUUGCUGUUGGCGAACGAAUCGAAUAUAUGGGUUGGGUAAAUGAAGGAGUCAUCAACAAUAACAUCUCGUGGCAAAGCUAUAAGCCCAGAUUUCUAGUUCUCAAAGGAACCGAGGUUAUGCUCUUCGAAACCCCGCCGCUAAAUGUCGCAGGAUUAUCUAAGGCCUUGGUUAUCUAUAAAGUUUAUCAAACGAUGUUUCGUGUAGUUAAAGAAUCAGAAACUGUGGACAGCCGCCAACAUUGUUUCCUGCUACAAAGUUCAGGACACGAGCCACGAUAUUUGAGUGUGGAGACACGACAAGAAUUGUUGCGAAUUGAGAACAGUUGGAAUGCGGCAAUUGUAACGAGUGUCAUAAAACUUGGGCGGAAAACCUUUGCCGUUUCACAUCACGGAAAGAGUGGCGGAUUAACGCUUGACUGGCAAUCAGGAUUCUCAUUAGCCGAAGGGGCGGACUCGUCAAUAGUUUGGCAGUAUAAAUUUUCCCAACUACGUGGUUCGAGCGAUGAUGGCAAAUCAAAGCUGAAACUUCAUUUUCAGGAUCAUGAAACGCGUGCUAUUGAAACAAAGGAACUAGAAUGCCAAGUGCUGCAAAGUUUGCUAUUUUGUAUGCAUGCGUUUUUGACAGCUAAAGUUGCUUCUGUCGAUCCAGCAUUUUUAAGUUCAAUUCAGCAGUCUUAAUUAAUCAAUUAUUAAAUAUAAUAUUUAAAUUUUAAAUUUAAAUUUAUAAUAAAAAAA